AUAAACCCCUGGAGUAUACUUUGAGAUUAAUGUAUAACCAUUAUAGGCGAGAAUCAGGAUUGGAUAGACAGUUGUUUUUCCAUACAAGACACUAUUCGAAGCUAGACAUCGAGAAGUUUAGGCGGUACACGAUAAUAAUGGAUUCCAUGACAGAUGAAGAGCUUGAUAAACCAAACAAGUUAAAGCAAAUGAGCUUGGAACGGUUGAAGGAGAUAGCUAAAGCAUCAAAAGUAGAUGCGAGACACGUUCUGCAAAUGUUAAAAACGUAUGACAUGAAGGCCAAGAGCUUUAUGGACCUUGAGAUGAAGAUUCGCAAUGAAUCUGCUAGACCACGGUACGCGGUCCUGACGUCUUAGGUGGUCUUGUCGACGACAAAAGUGAACAACUUAUGCAUUAUGUGCUUUUCGAUAUUUAUUUAAUAUAAACAAGUAUGUAUGGCGGUAAUUUGGGUUGUAUCGG